AUGUAUCUUGAGAAUAUACAAAAAUGGGCUUUUGGAGGCCAACGAAGAGUAUCCUGGGCUGGGCAUAGGUGUUACAUCCACCUCCAUCUCUGGAGACAUUGGAUGGCCGCUGCGAUGGGGAGAAAGGGGCCCAUAUGGCAAGACGAGCAUUUUCAUUCUGCCGCUCUUUCGCGACUCGACAAUCUUGGGAUACUGCAUGUCAUCACUGCAUGUGCUUCUUUAGACCCACAGGCAUCCAUCGAUGUUGGUGUACUUUCUACGGCACACUGGGAUCCAGCUGGCCGAGGUCAAUUCCUUUGGUCUUCUAGUUUCCACUUUUUCUUCCCACGAGAUCCGGUUGCUGCUCUAGAAGUCGUGGUUUUGCAUGUAACCAGCGUCGGGGUUGGUUUAUCGCGACAAUGGACGACCACUGCCAUCAGCAAGCAAGUCGCCAGCGCCCCUGUCCGCCGCGUUAUUGACGGGAAAUUCUUCCCUGGAGAGGAGUUCUGUUCAUCAGCGCCUCUUUUCGGCGCUUCCGCUACUCGCGCUGAUAUUUACUGCAAACAUCAUUUCUCGUCAUAG